AUGGGGGCUAGAAAUUCCCCCGCCAUCUUACUCGGACUCCGGACAAGGCAGCGACAUAACCCCUUCUCUUUUCAAUCCAACCAGAGUCAAACUUGCAUCUUCCUGAGAAUGCCAUUUCCUUCGCUUUACGACAUCUACCAAGGUCUACGAGGUGUCAACCCGACAACCAUUACAAACCACGACGUACCAGGAACUGAUCUGGUCGGGAAAUGGAUUAUAGUCACUGGAUCCAAUAACGGCGUUGGAUUUGAGUCCGCCAAAUCUUUCGCAGCAUGGGGUGCGAACCUCAUCCUUGCCUGUCGCGAGCCACCUACAUGGGAACAGCACCCCACCGCCGCCGUGCAGGAAAUCAAAGAAGUAGCCCAGACACACGGUCACCAGUCCACUAUUGAAUGGUGGAGUAUCGACAUGGCAGAUCUCCAGAGUGUCGAAGCCUUCGCUCAAAGGUGGCUGCAGUCAGAUCGCGCCCUGGACAUCCUGUGCAAUAAUGCCGGUGUUGCGGCCCCGCCCCCUCAACACUACUGGACGAAAGAUGGGUUCCAGUUCGUGCAUCAGGUUAACUUCCUGUCCCAUGUGCUACUGACUCUCCAUCUCCUUCCGUCUAUGGCGCGCAGCGCGCAGCCACGCAUUGUUUGCACGACCUCGUGUAUUCAUCACAUUGCCAGUCUUGACCUCGAGCAUUUCGACUGUGGUCCUGGAAUGAUCGGUGAGCCUUAUAAGAAUAACAAGCUGUGGUUUCAGAUGUGGGUUGCGGAGAUGCAAUCUCGUUUCCUCAAACAUCCAGAAUACCUCCACAUCACGAUCAACGGAGUCCAUCCAGGCUUUGUUGCUUCGGGGAUCUGGAGUGCUCUUGAGCAUCAUGGUAUUUUGGAUUGGGCGCACGGUCUUCUUUUGAGGUAUUGGGCUAUUGACCCAAAACAGGGUAGCUUUGGUAUCACCAACGCUGCUACUAAUCCAGUGUUCGGACCAAACCCAGAGACGCAGGGGGUUGGUUCUGUCGGGGGAAGAGGAGGGGGAAAGUAUAUCAAUCGAAUUUGGGAAGCCGUGCCGAAGGCCCAUUGUGAUGAUCCAAAGGCUAGGGCAGGGGUCUGGAAAAAGCUAGACGAGGAGCUGCAUCUCCAAGAUAAGGGCCUUCUGGCGGUUCUGGGUCUUUGA